AGCAACCCGGAAUAAUGUGGUGAUGCCUGAGGCAUUCUGAGCCAAGACGGGGAAGGCGUUGUUGUUAAGUUCUAUCGGAGUUCGCCAGAGGUGCGUGCUCGAGCCAUGUAUACGCAACUCACUCCACCAAAAAGGACGGGAACCCUGAAGAGCUAAAGUCUACUAUCUUCUGAUAAAAUAUAAGUCUCUUAAUCAACCAGCAAUCAGAUAUUUAAGAAGCAGCUUCUUUUUCUUAACUGGGUAAUUGCUAUACCUAAGUUUUACACAUUGUAUCUUCCCGGAGAGGUUUUCUGUCUUGACGAUUAGAGAGAUCUCGCUUCUAAGUUGACUUUCGUUGUUCGGUGGUGUCAUGCCGGUCUCUGAGAUCGGUCAGUUCAUUUAUAAUGUCGGCAGCACAAAUAUCUACUUUGCGACUCUUUCGGUGUUGAUAAUCUUUUCUAUUUUUCUGUUUUUUAGAUGGAGGAUUGAUCCUCGGGAACCUUUCCACGUCCCUGCAAAAAUACCAUUUGUCGGCCAUGCGCUGGGACUGCUCCGUCACGGGGCCUCAUAUUACAAAAAUGCCGUAACUGGCUACUCCUUUCCUAUCUACACAUUGGACUUACUUGUCACCAAAGUGUAUAUUGUCACAUCUGCCCGCUUAGUUCCUGCGGUGCAGCGAAACUCCAAGGUCCUUUCCUUUGACCCAUUUUUGACGGCUGCUGCAAAACAACUGGGCGGGAUCAAGAAAGCUGGGCUGAAGUUGCUAGAGCCCGAAGAUAAAGGAGGUCAAGGAGUUAAUCUCAAGGUCCUUCGUGCAAUGCACCCUGCCCUAUUAGGAGCCGGCCUGGAUGCAAUGAAUAAAAAUAUGAUAGGCAGGCUAUGUUCAUUUGUUGAUGAACUCGCUGGUGGUGGGAAUCAUCCUGUAGAUCUCCACUUGUGGUGCAGAGAUGCCAUUACUCAAGCCAGCACCGACGCGGUAUGGGGGCCCUUGAACCCUUUUAAAUUACCAGGAAUCUCCAAUGCGUUUUGGGAAUAUGAAUCAAAUCUCAAUGUCUUUCUUUUGAGCAUACGGCCGCCAUUCAUGGCCGGCUCGAUUCACAAGGCCCGUGAGAACGUCGUCAAGGCAUUCAUCGAUUAUUAUGAUGCUGGAGGUCAAAAUAACUCUUCAGAGCUGGCUUUUGCGCGGUGGAAAGCGCAAAAUGAUGCAGGCGCUGCAACUGAGGAUAUUGCGCGCCUUGAAACAGCAGGAUGUAUCGGUGUUCUUUCGAAUACUGUUCCCACAACCUUUUGGGCACUUUUCGAACUUUACUCGCGCCCGGAUCUCCUUUCUCGACUUCGUGACGAACUCCGCCAAAAUUGUCUAAGAAUCGACCUUGUCACCAAAACCCACACCGUUGACUUGGGCAGAAUACGAGACAAUUGUCCUAAAUUUGUCUCAGCUUUCCAAGAGAUCCUCCGGCUCAGAUCCAGUGCUUCUCCGCUGCGUGUGGUUUGCAAAGAUGUCCUACUUGACAACCAGUACUUGCUCAAGGCUGGAUGCUUUAUCCAGAUGCCUGGGUCCUUUAUCAACAGAGAGGAGGCAUUCUGGGGUCCAACUGCACAAGAAUUUGAUCCCACUCGCUUUGAAGCUGGAAAGUUGACUCAGCGUCCAACUUCCUUUACGGCAUUUGGCACAUCACCGAAUGUUUGCCCAGGUCGCCACUUUGCCAGUGGGGAAAUCCUUGCACUCUCAGCGAUGGUCAUUCUCCGCUACGACAUUACUCCUGUCGGAGGAAAAUGGUGGAGUCCGAAGCUGAACACGAAAGCCAUAGCUGCAUCCGUUGUCCCACCGGGAGAAGGAUAUCCUGUGGUCAUCUCAAAAAGAGAGGAAUUUCCUGAUGAAGCAACAUGGAAAUUUGAUGUAACAGAAGGGAAGAGUAAAUUUGGUCUUAUUACGGGGUAGUAUUGGGACGACUUUAUAUAUGGAUCCCAACCUCUAUAGAUCGGUUUUCGCAUCAGAACAACAUAAAAGUAAAUAAUUAUCGACACAAAAUAGGACAUCAAUGUUUUCCCUUCCAACUUAAUAAUAAAGCCAAUAUUUCCUAGAGCACAUUUUACAAAUUCAAAUAGCUAUUCAACAACGAUCAUAGGCGUAGUCUCAAUAUCCAGAAAAUUCACCAGCCCAUUCACGAGGCCAACGUAAAGUCUUUAUGAGAGAGAUCAUAUUCCAGCUAGCACUGCUCUCCGUCACUCCCGCCAAGGUAUGUUGCUAAUUUUUGAUAGACUCG